AUGGAGGACGGAUUGGACCGAAUUAUCGUGCUUCAUAUAGGUGCUGGGAAACAUAAUGAAAAAAGUAGGAACGACUAUGUCAAAUUAAUGAAAAAGGCUUUAAAAAAAGGUGAUAUAAUUGCGGUCAACAAUAUCUUAGAGCACUCAUCAUUAACAAACACUGGAUAUGGAUCUAGUUUGAAUAUUUUAGGGGAAGUUGAAAUCGAUGCCAGUUAUUACAAGAGCAAUGGUGAAUCAGGAGCCCUUUCAGGCUUACAAGUUGAUUCGCCAACACAGGAGAUGUUUCGAAUUUUCAAUAAAAUCAAUGAUCAACAUAAUACUACUGGAGAACAGAGACUAACACGACCGGUGAGCUUAAAUUGCACCAGUUUGAAAAGAUAUAUGGAUAUCCCAACUAAUGAAAAUCUUGUAUCUGCCAAAUCAAAAAGGAUUUACGAUAUGUAUAAGGAUCGAAUACUAAAGUACCAUGGUGAUGAGGUUAUAAAUGACACCAUUGGAUCCAUAGUAAUAGACACAAGGUUCAAUCACACUGCAUUAGCUACUACAUCAGGUGGUCACUUCUUCAAAUUACCAGGAAGAAUUGGGUGUGCUGGUAUAGUUGGAGCAGCUAUAUACUAUGAAAAGAUUAACGAUUUGGAAAUUAGUUGCAUGUGUUCAGGAAAUGGAGAACAAAUUAUUCAAACUUCAUUAGCACAACUGAUUGUUAAAAAUGUUCGUUAUAUAGAUGAAGGAGACUAUGGUCCACAAUUGGAAAGGCUAAUUCAAGAAAUGACGCCCCAGAUUUACUGCGGUUUCAUUGUUGUAUUGAAACGAUCAAAUGGAAGGAUACAGCUACUAUAUGGACACACUACUGAAUCAUUCUACUUUGGCACUAGAGUUCAUGACGCAACAAGAGUUAUUCUCAGUUGUGCUGAACAAGAGGGUAAAUUUACCUUUGGCGAAUAUAAACUAAGAUGA